UCCUCUCAGUCAGUUUUCAUCCGCAGUUCAUCCGAACCGGAAUUACUAGACCGAACGUUCAUCAUGGCACUUCAACUGUUGGUUUUACUUCUUAUCACUGUUCUACUACUUGGCGUGUUGUUUGUCAGGCGAAAGUAUGCCUACUGGGCCGAACGGAAAGUUCCGUACAUCGAGCCGCGUUUCCCGUACGGAAAUUUUGCGGACGUCGAUCGAAAAUCGCAAGCUGAUAUUUCCGUCGAGCAGUGCAACCAGAUGCGAUCUACGGAGUCACGCUUCUUCGGGUUGUUUUUCUUCCUUCAACCGCUGCUCGUCGUCACCGAUCUCGAUCUGAUCAAGACGAUCCUGAUCAAGGAUUUCAACUAUCUGCCGGAUCGAGGUGCGUACCAUAAUGCACGAGACGAUCCCCUGAGUGCGCAUCUGUUCGCCAUAGAAGGAAACCGGUGGCGAUCGUUGCGGACUCGUCUCACACCGACCUUUACCUCCGGUAAAAUGAAAAUGAUGUUUCCGACCUUGCGGGCGGUAGCCGACAGUUUUGGCGAGUUUCUAGUUGGAGCAGUAGGUGCUGGGACCGAACUAGAGAUUAAAGAUACGAUGGCGCGAUUCACCACAGAUGUCAUCGGAAGUUGCGCUUUCGGGAUAGAGUGCAACAGUUUUAAGAACCCUGACAGUGAGUUUCGCAAAUUUGGCCAGCAGGUGUUUGAUCGUCCGAGACACGGGACACUCGUGCGACUAUUUUUGCGAAUUUUCCCGGAAGUUGGACAAGCUUUAAGAGUGAAAUCGUUGCGUGACGAAGCGAGCGGAUUUUUCUUCAAUAUAGUUAAGGACACAGUUACCUAUCGGGAGAAGAAUGGGAUCGAGAGGAAGGACUUUCUCAGUCUACUGGUUGAGCUGAGGAACACUGGUGAAAUGCAUCUGGCAAUGGAAGAAAUCGCGGCACAGUCAUUUAUUUUCUUCGGUGCUGGUUUCGAGACUUCCUCCUCCAAUCAAACUUUCUGUUUGUAUGAGUUGGCCCAAAACCAGGAGUAUCAGGAAAGAGCGAGGAGCUGCGUGCUGGAAGCUGUGAAGAAGCAUGGAGGAUUGACGUACGAAGCCGUGUGUGAUAUGCAAUAUCUUGAUCAAUGCAUCAACGAAACUCUUCGUCUCUACCCGCCACUUCCGUGGUUGGAGAGAAAAGCAUUUGAAAACUACAAAAUUCCGGAUUCCAACGUGACAAUUCCAAAAGGCAUGAAGGUACUCAUUCCAGUGUUCGCAAUCCAUCGAGACGAACGUUACUACCCGAAUCCGAAUCGGUUCGAUCCAAAUCGGUUCCACCCCGAGGAGGUCGGUAAGCGCCAUCUCAGCUCAUUUUUACCUUUCGGCGAGGGACCCAGGGUCUGCAUCGGGUUGCGUUUCGGAAUGCUGCAGUCGCGUGUGGGGCUGGCAACCAUUCUCAGCAAGUUCAAACUAAGUCUCUGUCCGAGAUCUACCGUCCCACUGCAGUAUUCGAGCGCUUCGACUGUUUUGCAACCGAAGGGUGCGCUGUGGUUGAAGGUUGAACCGCUAUGAUGGGGUUAUUCAUCGACGAGGAAUUUAGAUGCAUUUUAAAAUUAAUUUUGUUUAUUUUGUUGCCUGCUGAUGGAUUGCCAACGAAACAAUUGACACAUCUGAGCGUUUAUUCGAGCUAAGCAAGCGGACAAAUGAAUGUGUCGAAGUAGGCCACGUGAUUUAUCAACCGCGCGUUCACCCGGAAGCCGUGUGACGGGAUGCAAGAAACUAAUUGUUGAUCGGCAAAACCGCAUAAGAUCUCGAGAAUAGGCGUGCAAAUGAAAGUGCUGGGACGUUGCUAGGAUAGCUGUCAAGGGGGAGAUAAUUGAGUGUAUCGAAUAAUUUAUAGUUUUAGUUUUAUUUCAUAUUUGCAUAUGCAUUUUGUACAUUGAAGGAUAGAUGACUAAUUGAAUUAUUUAGUAUUUUUAAUAUAAGCCGAAUGUUAUUUUAAAACCUGAAUAAAAUAGUUGAAAGAUAUGCUCGUAAUACCUUCCAAGUAAAAUUAAUUUUUAAAAUAUAAUUCUUGAAAAAACAACUGGAAACAAUUUCUUAUACAAAUAAUAGCAAGUAUUUCAAAUGUAAAAUCAUUAAAAGGAAAGCGUUGUCCAAUACAUUUAAUACGUUCUUACGCAUUUUAGAAGUACUUAUAUAUGUUUGAAGACUGUGAAAUGGAAAAUUUAAAUUUUUACAAGUAUUGCAAUUGAUCUUGUUUGUUUUAUCUAUAAAAUCAUCUAGUGUUGUAAUAUUAGAAGGGUAAUGAGCUAAAAUGAAGCAAUAAAUGAAAUGAAAACGAUAAAGACAUUACCCCAAAAUAAGAAAAUAAAUAGAAGAGAAGGGACUAAAGCCUAAAAUGAAUGAGUAAUAAAUACGACAUACAUGUGAAUAAAAAUAUAAAAAGACUAGAAUGUGUUGAAAGAGAUGGAAGAAGAACAAAACAGAUAGGAAGACAGUAGUGCUUAUUACGGGAGUCACUUCACGGUGAAAUCAGAGUGAAGUGAACAAAAUCCUAUUACGGGACUCACGUAAGUGAAAAAAACGUCACAAAGUGACAUCUGCCGCGGAAUGUGGGUUAUUAGGAGUGUCAUAUCAGAGAAGUGAGAACGGAAAAAGCGACGUUUCGCGUGGAAUUAUUUAACAACCAUUUUGAACGGUGAAAUGAUUCGACGGAGAUGCCAUUAGUCUUAAAGUUGAUUGAUUUGUGAUCUAAUGGUAUAUAUUGGAUUUAUUCUGCAGUAACGAAACCAAUCAGAAUUUGAUCCGUGCCUUAAAACGGUCAAAUUUUCAUUUUUUGCCCGAUGAAAAAAAGCAAACUAGUUCAGGAAAA